AUGCCCGAGGGCUGUACAGACCGUGGGUGGGGCCUGUGCCUGGACGACCCUCCUGCCAAGGACAUCAUCGACUUCCCCUUGGUGCUGCCUGGUGUCCUCUAUGAUAUGAGCCACCAGUGCCGCCUCCAGUACGGGGCCUACUCUGCCUUCUGCGAGGACAUGGAUAAUGUCUGCCACACACUCUGGUGCUCUGUGGGGACCACCUGUCACUCCAAGCUGGAAGCAGCCAUGGACGGCACCCGGUGGGGGGUGUCCCCAUGGUGUCUCAAUGGGGAGUGUGUACCUGUGGGCUUCCGGCCCGAGGCCGUGGAUGGUGGCUGGUCUGGCUGGAGCGCCUGCUCCGUCUGCUCGCGGAGCUGUGGCGUGGGCAUAUAGAGUGCCAAGCGGCAGUGCAUGUGGCCUACGCCCAAAUACAAAGGCAGAUACUGUGUGGGUGAGCGGAAGCACUUCCGCCUCUGCAACCUGCAGGCCUGCCCCGCUGGCCGCCCCUCCUUCCGCCACGUCCAGUGCAGUCACUUUGACACCACUCACGUAGGCCAGCUGCACACAUGGGUGCCCGUGGUCAAUGAUGCUCCCCAGUCUGCAGCCUUGCAGAUAGCUACCAGCCCAGCUGGAGCCUCCAGCCUGCCAUGGAUAGAGGUGGCCACAGAGAGCUGGCCGCCAGCACCAGGGGCCUCCCCUCCUCGUGUGUUGCAGAACGUAGGCUGUGACUUCGAGAUUGACUCUGGCGCUAUGGAGGACCGCUGUGGCGUGUGCCACGGCAACGGGUCCACCUGCCACACCGUGAGUGGGACCUUCGAGGAGGCCGAGGGCCUGGGGUAUGUGGACGUGGGGCUGAUCCCAGCCGGCGCACGUGAGAUCCGCAUCCAGGAGGUGGCCGAGGCUGCCAACUUCCUGGCACUGCGGAGCGAGGACCCAGAGAAGUACUUCCUCAUUGGUGGCUGGACCAUCCAGUGGAACGGGGACUACCAGGUGGCAGGGACCACCUUCACAUACGCACGCAGGGGCAACUGGGAGAACCUCACGUCCCCAGGUCCCACCAAGGAGCCUGUCUGGAUCCAGCUGCUGUUCCAGGAGAGCAACCCCGGGGUGCACUACGAGUACACCAUCCACAGGGAGGCAGGUGGCCACGGCGAGGUCCCGCUGCCCGAGUUCUCCUGGCACUAUGGGCCCUGGACCAAGUGCACAGUCACCUGCGGCAGAGGUGAGAAUCUUUGCAUCGUUGACACUCAGGCAGGGGGUGGAGCAGGGAAGGGAGAGCCACCAGCAGAGGGGGUCCUGCAGCUGGGCUUCAACGGGCAGUAUGGAAGUGAGUGUCCAAGACGUUCUCUGAGCCAUUGGGAACGGUGUGGAUGGCGGGAUGGUGUGUCGAUGGCCCGUCGAUGGUCCCUGGACACAUUGGGCCCUGAAGGCUCAGGCAGCGGCUCCUCCAGCCAUGAGCUCUUCAAUGAGGCUGACUUCAUCCCGUGGUGGGCAGGUGAGUGGCAGCUGUGCUCCAGCUCCUGCGGGUCUGGGGGCCUCUCCCGCCGGGCUGUGCUCUGCAUCCGCAGCGUGGGGCUGGAUGAGCAGAGUGCCUUGGAGCCACCCGCCUGUGAACACCUGCCCCAGCCCCCUACUGAAACCCCUUGCAACCGCCAUGUGCCCUGUCCGGCCACCUGGGCUGUGGGGAACUGGUCUCAGUGCUCAGUGACAUGUGGGGAGGGCACUCAACACCGAAAUGUCCUCUGCAUCAAUGACACUGGUGUCCCCUGUGACGAGGCCCAGCAGCCAGCCAGCGAAGUCACCUGCUCUCUGCCACUCUGUCGGUGGUCCCUGGGCACACUGGGCCCUGAAGGCUCAGGCAGCGGCUCCUCCAGCCACGAGCUCUUCAACGAGGCUGACUUCAUCCCACGCCACCUGGCCCCACACCCUUCACCCGCCUCAUCACCCAAGCCAGGCACCAUGGGCAACGCCAUUGAGGAGGAGACCCCAGAGCUGGAGCUGCCGGGGCCCGUGUUUGUGGAUGACUUCUACUACGACUACAAUUUCAUCAACUUCCACGAGGAUCUGUCCUACGGGCCCUCUGAGGAGCCCAAUCUAGACCUGGUGGGGACAGGGGAUCGGACGCCCCCACCGCAUAGCCGUUCUGCUGUGCCCUCCACGGGUAGCCCCGUGCCUGCCACAGAGCCUCCCGCAGCCAAGGAGGAGGGGGCACCGGGACCUUGGUCCCCUAGCCCUUGGCCCAGCCAGGCCAGCUGCUCCCCACCCCCACCCUCAGAGCAGACCCCUGGGAACCCUUUGAUCAAUUUCCUGCCUGAGGAAGAUGCCCCCAUAGGGGCCCCAGAUCUUGGGCUCCCCAGCCUGCCCCGGCCCAGGGUUUCCACUGAUGGCCUGCAGACGCCUGCCGCCCCUGAGAGCCAAAAUGACUUCCCAGUUGGCAAGGACAGCCAGAGCCAGCUGCCCCCUCCAUGGCGGGACAGGACCAAAGAGGUUUUCAAGGAUGAUGAGGAACCUGAGGGCCGCGGAGCACCCCACCUGCCCCCAAGACCCAACCCCACGCUGCCCACUUUGUCCCCGGUCGGCAGCAGCCACUCCUCUCCUAGUCCUGACGUGGCGGAGCUGUGGACAGGAGGGAGAGUCGCCCGGAAGCCAGCUCUGGAGGGUGGCCUAGGGCCUGUGGACAGUGAACUGUGGCCCACUGUUGGGGUGGCUUCUCCCCCUCCUCCUCCCAUAGCCCCUCUUCCAGAGAUGAAGGGCAGGGACGGUCCCCUGGAGCUGGGGACUCCCACCUUCCCAACCCUAGGACCAGGCUCAUGGGACCUGCAGACUGUGGCAGUGUGGGGGACCUUCCUCCCCACAAUGCCGACUGGCCUCGGGCACACGCCUGAGCCUGCCCUGAACCCAGGACCCAAGGGCCAGUCUGAGUCCCUCAGCCCUGAGGUGCCCCUGAGCUCUAGGCUGCUGUCCACGCCAGCUUGGGACAGCUCCACCAACAGCCACAGAGCCCCUGAGACCCAGCCGCUGGCUCCCAGCCUGGCUGAAGUGGGGCCCCCCACGGACCCAUUGGUUGUCAGGAAUGCCAGCUGGCAAGCGGGAAACUGGAGCGAGUGCUCCACCACCUGUGGCCUGGGUGCGGUCUGGAGGCCGGUGCGCUGUAGCUCCGGCCGGGAUGAAGACUGCGCCCCUGCUGGCCGGCCCCAGCCUGCCCGCCGCUGCCACCUGCGGCCCUGUGCCACCUGGCACUCAGGCAACUGGAGUAAGUGCUCCCGCAGCUGCGGUGGAGGUUCUUCAGUGCGGGAUGUGCAGUGUGUGGAUACACGGGACCUCCGGCCACUGCGGCCCUUCCAUUGUCAGCCCGGGCCUGCCAAGCCACCUGCGCACCGGCCCUGCGGGGCCCAGCCCUGCCUCAGCUGGUACACAUCUUCCUGGAGGGAGUGCUCCGAGGCCUGUGGCGGUGGUGAGCAGCAGCGUCUGGUGACCUGCCCGGAGCCAGGCCUCUGCGAGGAGGCACUGAGACCCAACACCACCCGGCCCUGCAACACCCACCCCUGCACGCAGUGGGUGGUGGGGCCCUGGGGCCAGUGCUCAGCCCCCUGUGGCGGUCGCGUCCAGCAGCACCUGGUCAAGUGUGUCAACACCCAGACGGGGCUGCCUGAGGAAGACAAUGACCAGUGUGGCCACGAGGCCUGGCCUGAGAGCUCCCGGCCAUGUGGCACUGAGGAUUGUGAGCCCGUCAAGCCUCCCCGCUGUGAGCGGGACCGCCUGUCCUUCGGGUUCUGCAAGACGCUGCACCUACUGGGCCGCUGCCCGCUGCCCACAGUCCGUACCCAGUGCUGUGCUUGUGCUCCGCCCAGCCACGGCGCCCGCUCCCGAGGCCAUCAGCGGGUUGCCCGCCACUGA